GACAUGAUUUUUUGUUCUGCCAUUGAAUUCUGAAUAAUUUUUUCUGCUUGAGCGUUUAUUUUCUUUAAAAAAUAUUGACGAAAAAUGUUGUUAGUUACUUUACUUUUCGCCAUAGUGCCACUGGUAUUGACCGCGAUGAUAGAACCUGAUUCGUCGCGAUUCUGUUAUCAUGCGGCUAUUCUGCCUGCUGAGAAAAAUGUGCGAGGCUUGAGAGCAUGUAGUGGAGCAAUAAUCUCUUCCACGCAAAUUGUCACUUUAGUCAAUUGUGUAAGAUAUUAUACGGGAUCGAAGGAUUCUUAUAUGAUGAGUGAGCAUAAGAACAUAUCAGUGCGAGUUGGCACAACAAACAGAUUAAAUGGUGGACUAAUUGGGCACGUAGCUAGUUUGAAGCGUAUUCCUUAUUUAUGUCGAUACCACCAUGUUGGUUUGGCUUUGCUUACACUCAAAGAACCAUUACCACUUGGACCAACGAUUUGUCCAAUACGUUUGGCUGAAAAGGACGACGGCGACGUGUACAUGAAAAACGGAAACACUGUUGAACUGUGUGGUUAUAAUAAUUACCAUGGAAUAAGCGAGUACAAUUCGACGCUAUUGAAAUGCGGAACAGCAACAAUAACGAAUGACACUGAACCAUAUUCAUCAUUUAUAGUCGAAAAAGGAGAUUUAAGGCGCACGGAAGGAGGUCCUGUAAUUGUAAGGAAGACAACUAAUCUCACCGAAGGACCAUUACUAGUUGGAUUUUCGCGCUGGAGCCCCGAUUGGAAUUUCCAAUUGGAAUUUCGCUUUGGUAUAUUAUUGGAUUUUGUAAAGUGUAUAAUUGAGAACAAGAUAUGCGGUAGCUUACAAGAGGUUCCAGGGACAAAUAAUGAAAUGUCUCUAAUAGGUUUCCCUGAUUCUAUGUAUAAGACGUGUGUAGAUUAUGUAUGAAACGUGUGUAGAUGGGAGUAAACACUGAGCAAUCGCUUAAUUUCGCACAUUCCAGAUAAUUGUUGACUGAGCAAAAUUAUUAUCUCAAACAAAACAGACGAUUUUAGUUAACUUCAGCUAUAGUCGAUGAUCGUCUGAUAAAUACUCUCCGAAAAGAUAACUGAUCGGUUAAAAAUGCCUGAAAUUAAUCAAUUGACUGAGAAUUUUAACUGUCUAUGAAUUGAAUCAAUUAGUUAACAGUCUGUCGAAAUAUUUGCACAUGGGUUUUCUUUAAUAAAAUGUUGAAAUU